AUGGCAGACCACGUCCACGGUCCCAAUUGCAACCACGGUCCCGGCCACUCGCACGGCCCCGGCCACAGCCACGGUCCCGGGCCGAUGGGCAUGGGCGGCCCGAUGCAGGUGCAGGCCGACCCGGCGAUGCAGCUGCUUCUCGACAGCCUGCCGACGCGCACCAUGCCCUUUGCGAUUGUGGACGUUGCGAUUCCCAACACCAAUCCUCCACAGGUGCAGAACAUGGUCGUGUGCGCCGAGCACAAGCAGCCCGUGUGCGAUGUGUGCGACGUCAACUAUACCCCGCUCAACUACAUGCACCAGUUCAUGAAGAAUGCGCCGCCCGAGGCUGUGCCGCCUCCGCCAAACGUCCAGCCACCGCCGCAGCGUGCGGAGCAGAUCAAGCAGGUCAAGGAGGCGGGCAACACCGCAUUCAAGGCUGGUAACAUCCCCGUUGCGAUCAACAACUACUCGAGAAGCGCGGACAUGGCGCUCUCCCGUCCGCCAUGGGAAGUCGCUGCGAUCUCGCGCGACGAGACGGCCAUUGCGCUAUGCAACCGUUCCGCGGCGUUUGCGGCGACCGGCGCAUGGGCCAAUGCGCUUGCGGACGCGGACGCGGUGAUCAGCCUCAAGCGGCCCUGGGCCAAGGGGCAUUUCCGCCGUGCGCGCGCGCUCGUCGGCCUGGGACGCUUCGAGGAGGCUCACGACGCCAUUGUCGACGGUCUCCAGUUCGAGCCGGACGAGAAGGACCUGAACGGCUACCUGAUCGAGGUGGAUGAGCUGUUCUCCCCGCUCGGUCCGGCCAGCGGAGCACAGUCGCCGAGCAAGAGCGGAGCCGCGACUCCUAAGGAAGAAGAGGAGAGCGGUGAGAAGGCAUAG